AUGACUGCCCACUCCCUGUUCCUCCUUAUUCUGCUCUCCCUCCCCUCCCUCAGGGCUGGAGGUGAAUUCUCCACCGAGGACGUUGGCCAAGAAGGGAAAGCCGAGGAAGAGGAAAAUAACUCCAAAGGACAGCCUUCUUCAGCAGAAGUGGUGCGAUUGGUCCGGGUGCUGAACGAUGUGCCCAGCGCUGAAGCUUUCAUCCAGGGGGCUCAGUCUGCUGUUGUUGGGUUUCUCAAGGAUCAGGACUCCUCGGAGGCCGAUGCUUUCAAUGAUCUGGUUCAGAAGCUGAGACAAUUGCCUUUUGCCGUAACCUAUAACGCAACAGUUUGGGAGAAGUUUAACAUCAGCAGGAACACCAUCACCCUAUUUAAGAAGUUUGAUGAAGGGCGCGCCGACUACCCCAUCGAGGAAGGUCAUCUGAAGCCGAACGUCACGAAGAUUAUUCGCUUCCUGAGACACAAUGAACUUCACCUGGUGACUGAGUACAACCGAAUGGAUGCAAGCCAGAUCUUUAGGUCGGGGAUUCCUAUACACCUCCUGCUCCUUGUCAGCAAGACGUCAAAAGAAUAUCAACCUCUGCUCGAGGAAUUCAAAGGUGUAGCCCCCGAGUUUCGGGGGAAGGUCAUUUUUGUUCUGGUUGACACAGACAAGAAGGAAAAUCAGCGAGUGACUUCAUUCUUUGACGUGAAGGAACCCGAUCUGCCUGCGAUCUGCCUCUUUCACGUGGCGACUAAUGCAGUGAAGGUGAUGAAGGGCGAAUAUAUCAGCCGGGACACGAUACGGAGGUUCUGUACUGACUUCAUGGAAAGUAAGGAGGAGCUUUACCAGAGCUCCUUGACGCCAUAUGUGGUCAAACGCUGCCCUGAUGUUGAGGACAGUCACCCUCAUCCACCUCAGGAAUCCAGCUUUGGAUCCAUGUCUGAAGCAAGACUGCAAUGGGGUCUGAAGCUGAGUGACCCAAGCGAUAUCCAAGCUGGGCAUCAGUGA